AUGCGAAAUGUAUUGACGAUGUUUCUAGAGGCAAGCGCCGAUCGUGGCGCGUGGGAGUCGGCCCUCGCCGCGUGGCGCACCGCCGCGGUUGAGGGCGUCGCCGUGUCGGGCUCGCACGCGUUGCUGCUGACCCGCAUGCUGGCGCAGGCCGGCAGGUGGCGAGAGGCGAGCCACGUCGCCACGAAUGACGCAGUGGUCAUAUGCCCCCAACGCAUUGCCGCGAGGCGGGUGGCGAUGCUGGCGGCGAGGGCGGAUGUCGACGGCUGGGGCGCAGCGUGUCGGUUGCUGCAAGAUGCUCGCACGCGCGUUGAGGAGCACGGUGGGGAGCAGUGCUCCGCCCUCCAGACGGAAUUGGUGGGGCUUGCAGAGUCCUUCGAGCACGGCGUCCUUCCGCAGCUUCCCGCAGCUCAGCAGGAGCCGUGGAAAAAGUUUGUACGCGAUCUGUGCCUUGGGCAUCGCCACAACUACAAAGACGCCCCUCUGGGGGUGACACGCGGCGGGGGUGGCGUAGGCGCGGCGGUGGAAAUAACGAACAACGAGGAGCUGCUUCACAUUUAUCGCAGUCCAAAGAGUCGGUCCUCGUGGUUGGGCGCGAUUCAGCUGCUUGCGUCCAUGCCUCACCCCAAUGCCGCCUCGGUAAACAUCACGUUGGGCAUACUGAGCCGGCAAGGGCGUCAGCAAGAGGCGAUUGAUGUGAUCAGCAAAUUCAUGGCAGCACGUGGAAUCCAUCCAACGGCGGUGACGGUCAAGGCAAUAACGGAGGCCGCGAAUACCAUGCGUUCGCUGCCGCUGGCUACAGUGCUUCUUUCCACUCCAGCGUUGCGGGACAAGCUUACCCCUUCUGCCGCAGUCCCAUUGGUUCUGACGCUACAACGAUUCGGAGAGUGGAGGGCCUGUCUCACGUGGUGGAACUCCCUGGUGCCCAUUCCCGACUCUUCCGUCACUCUGUCUAAGCACGGUAGCAAGGCCGAGUUGCGGCGGCAUCUGAAGUUGAGUAGUUACGUUGCCGUCUGUGUGGCGCAGGGCGGACGCUGGUUGGAGUCUCUUGCAGCCAUGAAGGACGCCAGCGUGCAUAAUCCGUCACUUGCUGUCCUUUUUGCCCUCCGCGCAUUACGCGUUGCGGGGGAGUGGCAGGCUGCGCUGGAACUACUUCAAUCGAAUAAAGAAGUGUGGGAAAACUCUUUGGUGGAUCUGCAGGUAAGAGAAGUAAUGAUGAGGCAGAACGCAGAGAAUUGGAUUCCACGUGACAAGCUUCAGCUGCUUCGCCUCCGCUACAGGGCGUGA